AUGCACAGCCUUGGAAUAAAUGUUAUGGUACAUACAAUAAAAUAUAUGGUAACAGCUCAUAAAAAAAAAAAGUAAAUAGAUUAUACUUUAACUGCCCACAUAUUCUUUAACAUGUAAUAGAGUUUUUAUUUUCAAUAUGCAGUUAUGAAUGUCCCUUUUUUCAUGUCAUUUCACUAUUUUUAAAGCAUGAAGGAAAUGGAAACCACAUGAUCAGACAUUAGGUAGUGUGGAAUUGGAGCGUAUUAGAGGUACCUAGCAAAGUUCCACAUGUUAAGUGCAACUUACAUUUGUACCAGAACAGAUCGCUGAUUGAUCCUUUGCAAACUUACCUGGAAUGGUUAAAAAAAGAUAUAGUGUGUUUGGCCAAGUUGUUGUGUUUUUUGUUUUUAUUUUAUUCAAUUUAAAUGCUUGAAGUACCUUGACACUAAUCAGCAGGAUUGUUUUUUUUUUUAACUGAUAUUUAAUCUUCAGACCUGCAGCUAUCGCUAGAUUCGAACCCUGAUUUAAUAAUCCAAAAUAAAUGCAUGUGCUGUAUUUUGUGUAAAAUUCAUCCUUGAUAGAAUUUUUUGUGGUUGAUAUUAAAACUGAUUAUAUUACCCCAGCAAUUUAAAAUAUCAUAUUUGAUACUCCAAAGGUUACUGCUUUGUACUUUGAAAAAUGUUUAUCUGAAUGCAAAUUAAUACGAUUAUUUAAUUAAUUGAUACAUUUAUUUCCUCUCAUUUUAAACAUGCUCAUAUCUAGAAAUAGCAAAAAAUGAUUAUAUCAUUUAUUCCAUUAAAAAAAGUCAAUUAGUUUCAAACACUCCCUCAAUUGUGCGUAAAUAAAAUGUGAUGCCCUGAUUUACGUGGAGGAAUUAUUUGUUCUACAUGACGGAAGUUAGCAAUCUUUUUCCUUCCGAGUUUGAAGUUUGGGGUCAGAAAGAUGGCUGCCUUGUGUAAAGCGGUGUUUGUUGCAAAGAGAGGAGCGAAGCUAGCUCGGAUAUCAUGCCGGAGUCUCCUAGCGUUUGGUAAACUGUAUAGUACCGGGGACACAAGUGAAUUCCCCGGAAACAAAGAGGAUACCCCAACAGCUGAGAAAAAGCUCAGCGGGUUUGCGGCAGCGUUUGAGCUUCAUUCUGGCCUGCAGCAGAAACAUGACAUCGCAGCGGGUACAGUCGGGAAGUCACCGGGCUCCAAUGAGCAUUCGUUUGCAACUCUGUUAAAGCAAUCUCCAUUGGUUCAAAUGGGAACUUCCAAGGAUAAAGUCGCAGUGGGCAAAAUCUUCCACAUUGUAAAUAACGACCUGUACGUUGAUUUCGGUGGAAAGUUUCACUGCGUGUGCAAAAGACCGGCAGUCGACGGAGAGAAGUACCAGCGGGGUUCAAGAGUGCGUUUGAGACUGGUGGACCUGGAGCUCACGUCUCGGUUCCUCGGAGCAAAGACAGACACCACUCUGCUGGAGGCUGAUGCUGUGCUUCUGGGACUGCUGGAAACGAAGCCAAAAUAAUAGUACACGCUGAGUUCGGGACACUGCAAAAUGGACAGUGGUGCAAAUGGUAUUCCUGCUUGGAGAACACUCUUUGGUCUGGGUUGUGUACAGAUCGUACUCGAGCCUCUUUAUUUUAUGUGUUUAAAUAAAUGUGUUAUAUUGAACAUAACUAUAUACUGGUAUCUAUUGUCCUUGGUGCUGGAUUUCAACAUGUAGCUUUCUGCUUGUGUUUGGUUUAACACAUUUCAGUUUGUAGUGUUAAAAACAAAAAUGUAACAAUAACUAAUCCACUGUAUGUAUAAAUCACAGCUAUUAAUAACACGAAAAAGUAGAUACAGCUUAUUUGGUUAAGGUGUUUUUAUAAAACUGACGUAUGACAUAAGUAAGGGUGGUGACAUUAAACAUAAAUGCUUAUU